AUACAAUGAUGUCAAGGCAAAGUUUUAAUGUUUGCCAUGCUUAAAUGUUUGAUAAAACAUUAUCUUAUGAUUCAACAUGUGAAACUGUUGAAUAUACUCCCUGAAUUUAAACAAAUUUGACACGUCAUUUAUUCUCAAAAUGUCUUGUACAAAAACACACUAUUCAAAAUUUCUCAAAUGAUGUGGAUUUCUCAAAUGAUGUGGGGGGUGGAUUCUAUAUGUUAGAAUUGCAAUUUCCACAAAAUUAAAGUAACCAAAAUUGAAAAAUCUUCAAACUAUUUAUAUGCAAAUUAAGGUGUUUUAAAUUCGUAGUUCUUAGAAAACUGGUAACUGCAGCAUCACACUCAAGCUCAAAUAAUUUUGAGAAAACUAAUGUCAAAAGGAAUCUACUUCAACAAAAAUACAAACUUUUAUUUCAAGACUCCUUAACUUCUAGAAGCUUCUCUUAAGCAGCAUACCUAAACAUCUGAGGAUACAUCUGUAAAUCAACCAACUAAUCAGUCUGUCAAUCAAUAUAUGUCAAUCAAUCUAGAUUUCGUCAAUUACAUGGUGGUAACUGCCGAAUUCACUUUUUUUAAACAUAGUUUAUUUAGAAAAAAGGAGGAAAAUUGCUAGAAGCACUAUAAUAUAUGCUGUCCUUGAUGAAAAAGAAAAUUACAAAUAAUGCAUUUAAACAAAAAACAAAAAGAAAGAAUUAAAAGAUGAAUUCGCUUUUUUACCCCAAAAGGAAUAAGCAAAUAAGAAUGACAAUCAAGGAUCUACUGUCUGAUUCUACCAUCGAAAUGUUUUUCAUUGCGCUGAAUGUCAUCCACUAAAAGACUAAAACACUCCACUAUGGACCAUAUAUCUGAAUUCUUUAUGAGCUCAGCUGAUAAUUAAAACACUUAAGUCUGAAUUUCUAAUCUAGAUACAUCCUGAACAUUUUGAAUGUAAAUAAAUAUGUACACACAUCAUUAAAUCAUAAUCCACCUUUGCGCUUAGAAGGGCACUGUAUACAAAAGUAAUUGUGUAGGUUUGAUAAGGGUAAGCAUGCAAAUACUUUGAAAUAAUGAUGUGCAUUUCUCAUUUAGGAUGCAAGGACGGUCUGUACAUUAUUAACUUUUCUUCCUAUAUCAUUAUCUAUUUCCAUAAAUAUUUGCAAACUUGUAUGGAACCCCAUUUGUUAUUUAUUCUAAACUUAACAUUAUAAUCAACAAGGACUGUACUAAAGUCAUUUCCUAUCUCUUUAGGGGUUUGUUUACCAAUUUAACAACACAAUUAUGUAAUUGAGUUAAGUGCAAUAACAAUGUCAACAAACAUGUCUACUUGAAUUACAAAGUGUGACAAACAUUUUGAACGAGCAAUUCAGCAAAUAACUAAAUUCACGGAGCAAUUUCUACGGGCAACUAACUUCUUACACAAUGAUUAUAGGAAAUUUCCACGACACCACAUGGCUGUUGAUCAUUUAUAAAACUAGGUCAUUGACAAUUAGGUCAAAACCGGGGCGGAAAGCCAAAAAUAGAAACUCGUAUUAUGGGAUGGAGUUUUGUUGCAGAUUUCGCUCGGGAAAUCAGACAUGUGGCAAAUAACGACGGGAAAACACCCACAUUCUCUCCCUAUCCUACAUAUUAAACAUGAAUAUUUUUACAUCAAAAUAAAGCAAAUUGCGUCUUCUAUGUAUAAUAUAGAUCUUACCGUCUCUCGCCGGCGACUUGGGUUGAUUUUGGGCUUUUCGAGGAGGAGCACCCGAAUUUACUGCCCAAGAUGGCGUCGCAGAACCACUACCGCCAGACUGAACACUCAUUUUCAACUCGUCCUUUCACCACUUCUGUCGAGUUAAAGUUGGCCAAUUUCCUACGAAGUAAGACUUUGAAGUCUCAACUCGCUUCCGUGGAGCGCGAUUGCCCAGAUGUGGAAGCAAAGGCGUGUUUUUUCCGUCGUCAAAAUUUCUAUUUCUCGUCUCUCAACUUUGUUGUCGAUGAAGGUUGUGACGUCAUUCACAUGCACCCAGCAAAAUUAAAGAAAAUAUUCAAACUCCUCUCCGGCUUGCACUGAUCGCAUGCAAAUCUUCGGAGCAGUGUGAAGACUAUAAAUAAGAAUAUUCCUCCUUACUUAAACUUAAAAAAUCGCAAUAUUUGUCGCUGGGAAUCCCGAGAAUCCGUGACAGGUGCGAGGUCUGAGUGCAAAGUUACUCGUGGUUGGUUCCCGCGGAAAUUAUUGGCCAAUCAAACACCUCGAAACAUUUCUACUCCUAGAGAGAUCGAAAGCAAUAAUGUGACUUCCUUGAAACCAAAGCAGUGUGACCAAAAAACCGAAGUUGAAGUUAUAAGAAACAAACGCAGAGGAAACUCUUGGUUCUGGCCAGUCAUCAUGAACACAGGGAAUGAUGAGAGAGACUUUAGCUUGGCCAACUUUCAAUUAACCACAGAUGACAUGGAAGAUAUUCAGCUUCAGACAGCACUUGCUAUGAGUAUGCUGGAGAGUCAGAGCCCGCACACUGAAGAUUCUGAUACAGAAUAUCCCUUUCACGCUGGUGAUUAUGAAGCAAAAUGUCCCACACACACUGAAGAUUCUGAUACAGAAUAUCCUUUUCACACUGGUGAUUAUGAAGCAGAAUAUCCUACACAUGCUGGAGAUUCUGAAACCGAAUCACAGCCCAGCAGUUGUGAAGGUUCAGCUCCUCAUUCGCUGGAUGAAAACGAGGCCCAGAAUGUUGAUUUUAGUGAGGAUUUUCCUGUUCUUCAUCACAGUGGCAGUGAUGAGGAGGAAGUAGAAUGGGUAAUUGAGUCAAAUCCGGAAAAUACAUAUGGUGCUUAUAACCCAGACUUUAAUCUUUGCAGUAACGAAGACUUACCAGGUCAGGUAGAGAGCAAAGAAGAAGAUAUAUACACAAGUGCAAAUUCUGGUUUUAUAAAAGAAGAGGAAAGGACAAGUUCUCUACAAAACAUUUCACCAGAAAGUGAGCAACAGCAUUAUUACGCACCAUCCAUAUCAGCAGCCAGUCAGUUUUCUCAAUAUCAGCAGUCUUCCAGCCAGUCACAAACAUCAAGACCUUCUGUUGCCAGGACAACGAGGUAUCCUGUGACCAUGGCAACAGCCAAUCACGACAGUGCUGAUUUUGAACCCCUCUUGAAACCUUUCCCAUUAAGCACCUCCACUGGUCUGCCAGUUAAUUGGGACAGAAUGGUGGACAAGGGCACUGAUAGUUCUGAGACCUCUUACAAAUUAUUUAAACUUCCUGACGAUAACUAUGAGUGCCAGAAGAUCAGAGAGGAGUUUGGGCGUGUUGGUAUUGAGGUGGUCAGUGUGGAGAGAGUCCAGAACUGGAGAUUGCUGCUGAAAUAUAAGACUGAGAUGGAACAUAUGAGUGAGAGGAGACCCGAAGAAUUUGAGCUCAACGAGCGUUACCUGUACCACGGGACCACAGUGGACAGAUGUCAGAUGUGUGAGGAGGGACUGGACUUCAGGCUCAGCAGGAAAGGGCAUUUUGGAAAGGGCACAUAUUUCAGUGACAACCCGUUGAAGUGCCUGAGGUACUCUAGUGGUCAAAGCAGUAGUCUAGAGAGUGGACAGCCCUAUAUACUAAAGUGCCGGGUGCUGCUAGGUGAUAUGAAGGUAUACCCAAAAGGCCAGAGGGAUCUUAGUUUACUGAGAGAACCUGCGAAAGAAAACCCCAGGGGACACUGGAAGUAUUACGAUUCUGUUAAGGGAUGCCCUCGUGACUACAACGAAUUUGUGAUCUACGAAAACCGACGUCUGCUGGUGGAGUACAUCAUCACUUACAAGCCUUCAUUGGCUCACAGUCAGUCAUCUCCAGCGGUCAGCAACAGAGUGACCACAGGGCAGCCAUCUAGAUCAUUCCAUAAUGUCCAGUCUGAAAGGACGCUGAACAGGACUUCCAGCAACAGCUCUGGAAAUCUCAGCGGUGAAGAUGGCGGAGAAGCAGACAAUGAUGUAAACCCAGAGGUUAGGUGGCUUGCUGAGAAUUAUGGGGAAGAAUUCACCAAUACACGUAGACCCCCAGCAAGGCAUAGAGAAAGGCCAAGGUCGUUUGGAAGUAGGUCAAGGUCACCAGGGUCAGCAAAUGGGGAUAAUGAUGAUGAUUCAGACUUGAACCCAGAAGUAAACUAUGACAGUGAUGGUGGGCGUGGAGUGCAUCUCGAAGUGAAUUAUGAUGGUGACGAUAACAGUGGUCAUUAUUUUUCAAGGAGUGAUGAGCAAACUGAGAGAAAAGGAGUUGUUGAUUCUAAGAAAAGAAGGCGAAGACGACCUCCAAAGCCAGAGAGAAGUGAAAACAAUGAUGAAGCUCCUGUUGCAGUUGACAGUCAUCAACAAAGACUAGAGGAGGUUAGGAGAGAGGUACGUAGAAAGAGACUCCAGGAGCAAGCUGCAGCACAGUCUGUAGCUGCAUCUGAUAGCCACCAAAAGCAGCUAGCUUUGUUACAUCAGACGUUAUUGGCUAACAAAGCUAGUGGCAAGGAUAAAGAACGGACAGAUAAGUUGCUUGAAGCAUUUGAGAAGACGUACGGCAAAGCAGGGUUACAGGUGUUCCAGCAAAGCUCCUCAGCCCCAAGUUCAACAACAGCCACUGGUCCUUCCACCACCAGCUCCACCACUACAGUGCCGGGUUUACGAGGGAACUUCCAGUCAGUAUUCCAGGAACUUCCACCACCUGUACCCAGCCCAGAGCCUGAAGAGGACCCAGUUGACUUAGUCCUGAAUAAUCUGAUCAAGGAGUUCCUCCAGGUCACCAAUAUAUCUGACAGCACCAAGGCCAAGACCUAUGUGCAGAGAGCCAACCAUGACAUUGCCGAAGCCAUAAACUUGUAUUAUACUGAGUUCUCAUAUAACUGA